AUGCCAUUGUCAUCAUGCAUGAAUAAGCAAACAAAAGUAAACACAUUCACUAAUGCACUUAUGCAACAUGAUAUUUGCAUACGUAUUGCCCUAAUCAUGCAUGUUAGCAAGGAAAGAAUGCCACCAGAGCACUUGAGAAGAACAAUGAAUGUACUAAAAAGCACAUGCCCGGCAUCGAUGGGUGCAAUGAGAUACAUACCGUAUGCACUUCACAAUCUUUUGAGAUCGAUGCCUAUGCCAUGGGAGCCUCUCAGGUAUGUGCCUGUGUUGUAUCAUGUAUCUGGUGUAAUUACUUUUGUUACAGAUAAGCGAAGAACUGAUGUGUAUGAGUAUAAGAAGAUGUGGAGCGUAGUAAGCAUGAGAUGUUCCGAGGAGUCUAAGAAGCGUGGAGGGAUCCGUGUUCUGAGUUAUCCUGUAUUUGACGAUGAGCAAGAAAUCAUAAGUUAUGGAAGCAUUAUUGGGAUGCCUGUUCCAAAGGGUGUAGAAUGUGAGGAAGCAACUGAAAGCUUUUUUUCUGAACAAGGCCGAAGAUAUUUGUUUAAUAGUAAGUCAUUUGCUGUAGCAAGGAAAAUUGGUGUUUGGAUUGAGGGAGGUCCGCAUGUUAACAAAAAGCAGUUAGAAGUCAUGGUCAUGGGAAGAACACCAGGAUUAGAAAGAGUGGCGUAUCCGUAUAUGUACAAUAAAUAUGUUAGGCUGCCUUGCAUGGAACGAUUGCAUAUGAAGAUUGAGUGUGGCUUGAAUGCUAGAGAAAUAGGAUAUGGUGAUUUACAGAAGAGUCAGUAUAAAAAGGGAUUAGGAGCAUAUAAAUCAGGAUUAGAUGAACGUGUGCAUAUGAUACAGUCAGGAAAAGGAAGCAGACAUCCUGUCGACAUUCCUUUAAUGAAAGGUAUUUGCUUUCGUGAGGUUGCUGAUGGAAAGCCAAGUGUAAAGGCUGUUAUGAAGGGAUAUGCAAAGAACAUGGAAAGGAAGCAACAAAGAAGGAAGUGCUCAACGAAUGUAUUGAAAGGAUUGAGAAACACAAGAUAUUUCCAGAAAACAGAGAUUGAUUGGGUAGAAGCAGGUCUACAAGUACUUAGUCAAGGACAUCUGAUGCUUAGUGAGAUCUUGAGGAGGAAGAAGUUGAGCUAUCUUUUUCUUGAUUGGAACUUCAAUCUGAAACCUGUGCGUACACUCACGACGAAGGAAAGGAAGAAAUCAAGAGUUGGGAUGUCUUAUCAUCUUCUGAGGGAAAUGCUCAAGUUUGUGAAGCAUGUUGUUGAUUUGCAUGUUGUAUUUAGACAGGGACUGAUUGACUGCUAUGAAUUGAUGAAUAAUUUAGAUUAUGUGAUGUGUAAUGCAGGAAUACUUACUGGAAUGUAUAGGUAUAAAUACAGGAUUAUGCGGCAGAUAAAGCGAAGCAAGGAGAUGCAUGAUGUUGCAGAAUAUGCUGGAGUGUGUAGCUGGGCAGAACAAUGGAGGACGUGGUGCUUUAUGCUUCGUGGACACAUUCCGCUACUUGAGAGAUGUGUUUGCGGAUUGAUACAGAGGAUAGCUGAAGGAAGGGAGUAUAGAGCGAAGCCAUUAUCUAAGCAAAGAAGCGAGAGCGGAUAUGAUGUAGCAUUGAAGAGAAGGAUAGUUGGAGAGGUGUCGUGUAUUUUGCAUCCUAAGCAAAUAAAGAAGCUUUUGCAACAUUUUGGUGAAGCAUGGAGGUGUUGGAAGGCAAAUGUGCCGUAUCAUCUUGUGCAUGAGCAUUUGAAGGAGCUGGAAAUGGAAUAUGAAAAGAGCGAUGGUAAUCAUAUGGGAUCUGGUAGAGAAAGCCUGAGGAUGAUUGAUGAAGCGAAUAAAAUAGAUGUGAAGAGUGGAGUUAAUGAAGAGUUUUUGAGAGUCAAGGCAGGAGCGUUGGUGUGCAAACUGAAUACAGGCAGUACAAGUGUUAAUGAAGACAUGGCUGUGUUUUCAGAAGGAUUUGUAAACGAUCUGAGUGUGCGAGGUGAAGCAGCAGGAAUGAAAUAUCGGAAGGAGAUAUUUGAGUUGCAAGGAGUGAUUGAGAAGUACAUUCGAUUGAAGGCGGAGUGGUAUAUUGAGAGUACUGUGAAUGAUGUGAACGAUGGAAAGAAGGAGGAGAAGAAGCGUCUUGGACGGAUUUCUAGAUUGUACAUGAAGGAGCAGAUUGUUGAGCAGGCAGAGUAUUUGAAGAAUCCGUAUUUAAAUCCAGUUAAUGCGGUUGCUGUUUACAGGCUUGCAGCAGAGUAUUUUAAGAGCAAAGAGACUGGGAAGAUAGGAUUUCCUGAUAGGAAUGAGGAGAAUUUUCUGAGGAUAGCGAUUGACAAAGUCAAAAGUAAUGCAACGGUGGAGGAAAUUGAGUUUUUUGAUUCGAUGUUAGAUAAUGCUGAGGAGACAGUGUUUAAGAUUAAGAGAGCAUUGAUAACGCAAAGGUCGUUUAAGGAGGUUGAGGUUGGACUGAGGAAGCAUGGAAACGGAGCGAUUGAAUGUUAUGGAGUUUGCCCUGGAGAGAGAUUGACAGAUGCAUUUCUGUGUGCGUAUUUGUUUUAUGAGGCAGAAAGACUCGGAAUGUUUCCUGACUUCAUUAAGCCUGGAGAUGAGUUGGAUAUGAAAUGUUUGAUAGACUUUUGCAAUGAGAUUGGGCAGAUUGAUACAAAUGGUAAGACUGUGGUGCUAUAUGAAGGAAGGUAUAAGGAUGUGAUGAAGAGGAUUGACAACAAUCUUCUGUCGAAGCUUUUGAAGCUUGUGAUUGAUCCUGUACUUGUGGAUUAUAUGAUCAGCCGCAACAAUUGUAGAAUAUGUUAUAAGGACAUGUCGUAUACAAACCAUGUUGGAUAUAUUAGCGGAUUUCAGUUUUAUGCGUUUUUGCAUAAGUUUUAUAUGUUUGUGAUUGAUUUAUGUGUUCUGGGAGAGGACAUUAUGCAGCCUCCAGGGGGGAUGAUCAAGAAAUACCUGAGAUGGAUGGAUGAUAUAUAUGUUGUGCUUGAGAUGGAUGAUGAGGAUGUUAGUAUGCUGAUUGAAGAGUACGGGGAGGAUGUUGAGACUGUGAGCAUGAGAAAUAAUUACUUUGAUGAUGACAAAAAGAUUGAUAACAAGAUGAAUAAGAUGAUUAGUGGAUGUGUGCAUGUAGAGAUGGCUACUAGAAUGCAUCCUUCACUUGGAAGAAUAGAUUUUAGAGGAUGCAGUGUGUUUCCUGUGAUACGACUGAGCAUGAUUGGAGUUGAUGUAUCUAUUUCUGAGACAAGGAUUGAUGAGAAAGGAUCAUGGAAGCUAUCGAAUGGAAAGUAUGCGAAUUUGGCAGUUAGUGAGGAGAGUGUGCAGGAUUUUGAGGGAGGUAUUCAACAUUUGGUGAGCACGAGUGGAUCAGCAACGUUUUUGAAAGUGGCCAAGAGAUGGAAUACGUUAAUAAUAGGGUUUGUGAUGCGCUUCAGGGAGUGUAUAUAUGGAAGACGAGGGCUUGAAGCCAAGUUGAAGAAGGCUGAGGAGCAGAUUAGAAGUGUUAUUAAGCGAGGGAUGAACAGCAAGAUGCCAAUAAGGUUUCCAGCAGUGAUGUUUUAUUCACCGAAGGAGAUGGGAGGUCUUGGGAUGAUAAGCGCAGGAGGUGUUGAGACUGGAUCUAAGGAAGCACCAACAGCAGUUAUUCCUGGAAUAAUGGAGUAUGCGAAGAGAUGGGAGGAUGAGUUUGAAGAAUCUGAAGCGGUAUGGAUGGAGUAUGCAAGGACAGGCAAAAUAGAUGCAAGCAAAGGGAUUCCUAGGAUGGGCACAUUGUUACAAAGAAGUAAGGUGCUUUUGUAUGAUAGAGGAUUUAGGAUGUGGAAUGUGUUUAAGAGACAUUUCUGCACAAAACCGGACUGGUUUUGGUUUACUGAUGUAAGGCAUGAUGGGAGGUUAUGGGAUAUUGAGAAGUAUCCACAGGAUGUUCUGCAAGCGAUGGGAGGGAUAGACGAGGUUAUGAAGCAUACGUUAUUUGGAGCAACAUAUUUCCGGCACUUUAGUAAAGUGUUUUGGGAAGAGACGAUUAUAGAUGGAAACAGAAGGAUGACGAAGGCACAGAAGCUUGGAUUGAAUCAAGUUCCCAACAAAAGGUUUAUGCUGUGGUGGUCACCUACGAUAAACAGAGGAGAUGUGUAUGUUGGAUAUCAGGUGCAGCUUGAGCAGACAGGGAUUUUCAUGCAUGGGAAGCUGCCUACGUUGAAGAUGUCAUUUGUGCAGAUUUUCAGAAAUGGACUAUGGAAGCGAAUCCAUGAGAGUAUUGUAGAAGAUCUGAUUGAUGUGUUUAGGAAGUACUGUGGAGCUAAGAAGAUCCAAGGGCAUUCGAAGAAGAGCUAUCGUGCUGGAAGUAGCAGCGCGGACAUUCUGCUUGAAGGAGAUUUUUUUGUUUUAGAUGUGUUGUGUAUAUCUGAGCUUAUGAAUGAGAGAAGUAUUGGAUCUGAAGAGUUGAAGAAUGUGGACGGGCUUUGGAUAGAUGUGCAGUUGAGAUGGGGAGAUUAUGAAAGGAAUGAUUGUCAUAAGUAUUCAAAAAGUAGAUUUUUUGAGGGAGUGAGUGAUCCAUUGACAAAGUAUCCUGGAAAGUAUGGCAUGGUGAUUGUUAUUGAUUUGUGUUACAACACAUGGAGUGUGUAUGGGAAUAUGAAUGAAGAACUAGCGAUUGUUCUGAAGAGAUCUUUUGCUACGAUAAUUGAGAAGAAUUCAAUGCUAAUUGUACUGAGAGAGAGGAUCAGGAAAGCACUACAGCUUUAUACAUCUGAUGUUGAGAUUGUGCGUAGUAGUGGAGAUCUUUUUAGUUCAGGAAUGAUUAUUGAUAGCAGAUGCCUGGGAAGGAAGCAAAGAGCGGUGUUUGCAUUUGAUCCAGGUAAUGGGAAUUUGUACUUCAAGAGUUAUUGUCUGAAUGGCAAGAAGAUCCGAGAGGCAAAGCAGCUUGCAGCGAAAGAUGUGAUUUCGCUUGUACACGAUCUCAACAGGAAAAGUGUGUCUGUUACAGAUGAUAUGAUUGAUGCGGUUGAGAAUGUGAUUGUAGAUUAUCCUUCUGUUGUUGUAAGGUCCUUGUGCUCUGGAAUUCCAUUUUCGAAUGUGAUGAUGCUUGGGAAUACUGAUGCGAGUGAAAAGAUGCAAAGUGUUAAUUUGUAUGGAGGAUGGAAAGAAACAAGUAAUUUUACGAAUUUCUGCAGGUUGCUGCUUGUGAUGCAGGGACUUGAAGUUGAUGAUAAGAAAGUGAUUGGAAUGGGAAUAGACAAGAUGUGGCCAGUGCUUACAGACAAGGAGUGGAUUGAGUGUGAGAUGAGACUGAAGGAUUUGAUUGUUGAAAAGCAUUGCAAUGUGUAUGGAAUUGAUUCUCAAAGAUUGACUGCUGGAGAGACACGAGAUAUUGUGUUUGGGAUAGGAAUUAAUGGAACGAAUGUAAGGACAGAUACAAAGGUUGAUGUGGGAGUAGCGAGAGAAGUAGAGUUGAGCUCCAAUAUGAAGGAUAGGACAGAUAGUGUGAUUUUUUUUGGAGAAGGAAAUGGAUGGAGAAAAUAUUAUCUAUGCUUUGAGGAGGAGCAGAAAGGAAUGCAAGGAUUGAAUAACAGAUAUAAGAUUGGCAAUGAUGAACAUGGAAAGUGUAUGGAAGAUGCAUGUUAUUUUAAAUAUGAUGAAAUGAUUUCUAUGAGCUUGAUUGAAGAGUUUAUUGAGAUAAUGGAUCCACAUGUGCCUAUGUUUGCACUGGUGGUGAUGAUUGAAGGAAGAGUGUCAUUUGGACUGAUUCCACAGUUUUUGUCAUCUGAUGAGAUAUGUUCUGUGAAGUAUGUUCCUGAGUGUGUUAUUUUAGGGAUUAUCGUGAAUAGAAGAAGGAUGGAAGAAGUUGAGAGAAUAGUUGAAAGGUAUGAUAUUAGGGAUCCAUUGGUGAUAUUCGCUGGUAAAGAAGUUAAGGCUGAGAGAAGGAUCCGAGGAGAGUGGAGUGAAGUGCAAAUUAAUCUAGUGGAGGAUUCUGGAGUGUUUUAUGCGCCAGAGAUGUGGAAUUAUAACUUCUGCCGACAUCUUUAUGAUGAUGGAUUGAAGUAUGAAUGGAAAAUGAGAACUCCGAGUGUAUUUUAUGAUGGGUUUUCACGAGUUGGGCACUUUUGUAGGUUUUGGAAGGAGCCAGAAGCGAGAGCUGAUGCAGAAGAAGAAUGUAAUUAA